AUGGGGCCGGGAGACCUGGCGCAGAAGAUCAGCAUUAGCGCCGAGAGCCCCCGGGGGAGCGAGAGGAACGACGCCGGCGCCGCGUUGGCGGGCGCUGAGAGGGUCCCCCCCGGCACCUGGAGGCAGAAGUGUGCGGCCUAUGUGCUGGCGCUCAGACCUUGGAGUUUCAGUGCCUCCCUCACGCCCGUGGCCCUCGGCAGCGCUCUGGCGUACCGGGCCGAGGGAGCGCUAGACCCAGGGCUGUUGGUGGGAAGCGCUGUGACCGUCCUGGCUGUGCACGGAGCCGGCAACUUGGUGAAUACCUACUACGACUUCUCCAAAGGCAUCGAUCACAAGAAGAGUGAUGACAGGACUUUGGUGGACCAGAUUUUGGAGCCUCAGGAUGUAGUCCGGUUUGGAGUCUUCCUUUAUACUGUGGGCUGUAUCUGUGCUGCUGGGCUCUACGCUGUCUCAACGCUCAAGCUGGAGCACCUGGCCCUGAUUUACUUUGGAGGACUUUCCAGCUCCUUCCUUUACACUGGAGGAAUUGGAUUUAAAUAUGUUGCGCUUGGAGACGUGGUGAUCCUGAUCACCUUUGGGCCCCUGGCUGUCAUGUUUGCCCAUGCUGUGCAGGUUGGUUACCUGUCUGUCUCACCACUGCUCUACGCUAUCCCACUAGCUCUCAGUACUGAGGCUAUCCUGCACAGCAACAACACACGAGACAUGGAGUCUGACCAGCAGGCGGGUAUUGUCACCUUGGCUAUCCUCAUCGGCCCUGCGUUCUCCUAUAUUCUCUACACCGUGCUGCUCUUCUUGCCCUACCUGAUUUUCUGUGUGCUGGCCACACGCUAUACCAUCAGCAUGGCAUUGCCGCUACUCACCAUCCCGAUGGCAUUUUCACUGGAAAGGCAGUUUCGGAGUCAGAGCUUCAACAAAAUUCCUCAGCGGACAGCCAAACUCAAUCUCCUCUUGGGGCUUUUCUAUGUUUUUGGUAUUACACUAGCACCAGCCGGUGCUCUGCCCAAACUGUAACGAGAGCUGUAGAGUCAGGCCUCGCAAUUCAGUAUUAAUGCUGAUUAACAGUGGAUGAUGUGGGUAGAUGACCCAUUAUGGACAGUGGGAAGAAUGGAGAGACCGUCUUGAGCUGUUGAUUGUCUGUGAAUUUUAUCAUUUCUGGUCUUGGUUAGCUUGUACAACAGACUUUAAAAUGAUUUGUCAGUUCUUCGGAAGGGAUGAACUGUGCAGCUUUGCUUCAGGGGAGCAAGGCGACAUGAGGACAAGGAAACGUUUAAAGAACCUCAUCCUUCUGCCACUGAAUUCUUUCACUGUCAAGUCGCUGAAAGUCCCUCUUGAUGAGCUGUGUUGCAAUGUGAUGAGCCUACACUGGUAGAUGAACAGAUCGUAGCCCAUCUGUUAAUGUGUCCUAAAGCACCUCCUGGCCUUUCUUCUUAUCUAAUAAAGUGUCUGAAUGUUAUUCUGUUAAUUAUACUGUGUUUGAUUAUUUUAUAUCACUCCGAUUGUAUUUUUGCACAUGUAUUAGAGCAUCUUCCUGGAAGAAGGAGGGUCUUUGUCUGCUGUGUUUAUAGUAUAAGUGCAUGAAAGAUGGUACUUUUUUUUGUGUAAGAGUCCUUUUAUGAAUCACAUAGUCCUGUCCGUCUAUAUGAUCGGGUAAAAAGUUCAGUAGCAGUGAUCAUCUCAUACUAAUGGCAGACUUCAGAGUAGUUUCAGUGUUUUCAUCAAUGAGCAGAAUUUUCUUUGAUGCAGUUUUCCGUGCCAUGUACUGUUCAGCAUUUGUAAGGAGGUUUCAGCUGAACUUUUAAUCUUUUUAAUAAAGAUGGACUUUUUCAUCCUCA